AGAAUGGAACGGGUGAAGGAAAUGCAACAAAAUGAGCACGGGAGAUACACGGAAAUUACUGACGAAAAAGAGGUCGUACGGGUAAGUGCACGGGAACCUAGAUGUGUCGUCCAUUUCUACCACUCCCAGUUCAAACGGUGUGAGAUAAUGGACAAGCAUCUGGCUCGUCUUGCCCCAAAAUACUUCAAUACCCGAUUCUUCCGCGUAUUUGUUGAGAACGUCCCUUGGCUCGUCGAAAAGCUUGCUAUCAAAGUAUUGCCUUGCGUCAUCUGCUUCAAGGACGGUAUUUCAAAGGACAGAUUAACUGGCUUUGAAGAGCUGGGAAAUAGUGAUGAGUUUGACACCGCUGUUUUGGAGCUGAGACUGGCAACAUCUGGUGUGCAAUAUCUAUUGAUGUAG